AUUCCUUCGCAAUAUUUUUGCGUUCCCUCGCUAAAGCAAAACUGUUGUGAGGUAAUGCAUAAUUAUUGCGAGGGAACACAAAGUUGCUCAGAAAACCACCGUGACCCUUAAAGGGCUCUGUACUUUCCUGCAAUAUAAGAAGGAGAAAAUAAAAUUAUAACUGGUAGCCUAUAGCCUACUUUUGAUGUCAUGUAAGCCUUUUUUUUUAAACACAGGCUACAAAUGUUACAGGUUACAGAUGUUAUAGCCUACAUUUUAAUGAUGAGGUUUUGCUCAAUCAUUACUGUUCACUUUGCUUAUCGUUACUGUUCGGUAAAUUGUCAAACUGAUUUGAGGUCGUUGUCAUUCUUUUGUCAACCUUGGUGUACAUUAUAUUUCCAUUUGCACAUAGACUAUUAUUGAAACGUGACCAGUACGUUUCAAAUUUGUCCAGAAAAAUACAUUCUUUCUUGACACCGGACCCGCAAGAAAACAAUUCUAAACCCUCUAAUGCUCCAUUUCAUGUACAUGAUUUAAAACCUGAUAUGAAUAGAAUAAUUUAAAAAUGAUUUAAAAUAUAUAUAUAAAAAGUAAAAGCGAUAUCAAACAACAACAGUCCUAGGAAGCCAACCUGCUAUAUAUCAAUAUGUAUCAACCUUCACAAACUCUAAUAUUUCAGUGUACAUAAAAAUCAGGUGUACCAUUACCCUUAACUGUAUUAAAAACGAAUGGACAGAACAAAAUAAAUCGCAUACAUUGUUUUGUGCCAUUCUCACCAAAGAGACAUCCUGAGGCACAUCACCUGUUCUACGUAAGAGAGAACCUUGGCAUGGGUCUUAAUUAAGCUCUUUUUAUUCACUACAUCUACAUUAAUAUUCCGAGGAUGCAUUCCCAUGUACCUCCGUGUGUGAUGACACAUGACCCCUGAUCCUGUAUCCUGUAUCCAUGACUACCACUAUCCCGUCACUAAAAAUAGGUCAUCAUAGGCGGAAAUCCCAAAUAUGCUGAAAAAAAUCAAACAUCAACAAUGGCGUGCGUUACUUACACCAAUUUUAAAAUUGACUCACGUGGAACUAACCCAAUUUCAUGAGCUCAUAAUCCAACUGUUUAGCCUGGAAAGACAAUGGGGCCAACGGAAAAUGUCAUCAGAUUUUUAAAUAAUUUUACCUAGCCUUUCUGGUCUUUCACGUGCCUUGCUACAAAAAGUUCACCAAAAACAAAAGAUAAAUAAUUGAAUAACCUUGUAAAAUCAACUUCUAAUCUAUUUGAGAUGUAGACACAUUGCUUGGUAAAUAAAACUAUCCUUGCCCAAUUCAAGGAUACAGAUGGCCAAGAAAAAAGUAGGUGGGGGGGAUGUCUUCCAGGGGCAUCUUUUCCUCCAGAUGAGCGCCACUGCCAUGGGGACCAGGCUGCCUGGCCUCCAGUCACGACAGUAUGACCGUCUCCACGGAACCUCCAGGCCCUGACCUCCAGGGGCUGAAAGCAUCCCAGCUGUGUCAUUACGGGGAUUGGUGCGGGGCGGUGCUGCCGCCGCCGCCGUCAUCGUCGCUGCCGUGGAACGCUGCACAUUCUCCACUGGAGGGAUCAAAUCUGUGCCAUCUGACGCCGGGGGAUUUGUGGGUUUAGUCUAAAUUGCUUUUUUUCUCUCCCCCCACUGUGGAGAUUAACCACUGAGGGAUGUUUACAGAGCACUGAGGCAGAGAGAGACAGAGAGAGAGAGAGAGAGACAGAGAGACAGAGAGAAAGAGACAGAGAGAGAUAGAGAGAGAGAGAUGCCGCUCAGGCUGGCUGAAGCGCUGCGCAGCUGAAGAGAAUGUCCCUGGACCUGGGAGCUGUUUUAGCCGGUGCGCCGAGUGGAUUUGGACUCUGAGGAGUUGCAGGGUGGUUUUUUCCCCCCCACUUUUGUCUUGUGUGUUUGAGUGUGGGCUUUUUUUUUUUGGUGUCUUUUUUGGCACUCCGUGUGGGGUAGGUGCAUCAUGCAGAUGGAGGCUGUCCUUGUGCUGUUCUGUGCCUGUCUGCUGGGGGUGACUGCACGUCAACGGAGCCACAGGCUGGAGAACUACAGACAAAGCAGAUUAAGAAGAGAGACACCAAAAAGGGAAGGAGUGCCUCACAAAACUGGCAGCCCAAUCUUCAGAAGAAGUCCAGAUAUGACAAAAACACCAGUGACAAAGUCAGAGCAACUGUUAAGAAUAGACGACCAUGACUUCUCAAUGAGGCCAGCAUUUGGAGGGCCUCCUAUUCCAGUAGGUGUGGAUGUUCAGGUUGAAAGCCUUGACACCAUAUCUGAAGUUGAUAUGGACUUCACCAUGACCCUAUAUUUGAGGCACUACUGGAAGGACGAGCGUCUGUCUUUCCCCAGCACCAACAACCAGAGCUUGACCUUUGACAGUAGGCUAGUGAAGAAGAUCUGGGUGCCAGACAUGUUCUUCGUCCACUCAAAGAGAUCCUUCAUCCAUGAUACCACCACCGAUAAUGUCAUGCUUCGGGUGUCUCCGGAUGGCAAUGUCCUCUACAGCCUGAGGGUCACAGUCACUUCUAUGUGCAAUAUGGACCUGAGCCGCUUUCCUCUGGACACACAAACAUGCUCGCUGGAGAUCGAAAGCUACGCGUACACUGAUGACGACCUCAUGCUCUACUGGAAGAAGGGCAAUGAGUCCCUGAACACAGAUGACCGCAUUUCUCUGUCCCAGUUCCUCAUCCAGAAGUUCCACACCACCACUAAGCUAGCCUUCUAUAGCAGCACAGGCUGGUACAAUCGUCUCUACAUCCAUUUCACCUUGCGACGGCACAUCUUCUUCUUCCUACUUCAGACCUAUUUUCCAGCAACGCUGAUGGUAAUGCUGUCCUGGGUGUCCUUCUGGAUCGAUCGCAGAGCUGUACCUGCCAGGGUACCUUUGGGAAUAACGACCGUUUUAACCAUGUCCACCAUCAUCACUGGUGUCAAUGCCUCCAUGCCACGAGUGUCCUACAUCAAAGCAGUGGAUAUUUACCUGUGGGUCAGCUUUGUAUUUGUCUUCCUCUCUGUGAUUGAGUAUGCAGCUGUGAAUUACCUAUCCACAGUGCAAGAACGAAGAGAGAGAAAACUCAGAGAUCGGCUGCCCUGUACGUGUGGCAUAGCAAAUCCGGACGACAUGAUGAUGAACCCGAGCUACAGCGAUGUAGACCCACAGAACAACAUGGGGAACUACGGGAUGCCCGAGAACGGAGGACGCCAGGAGAGGAUUUUAGCCCAGUUCACUAUGGGGGACAAUCAGACGACGAGCCAGGUGAAGAGUUCCAGGACCUACGUUAACAUCUGGAUCGACACUCACGCCAUAGACAAGUACUCGAGGGUGGUCUUUCCAGGUGCCUACACCCUCUUCAACAUCGUCUACUGGUCCAUCUACUGCUAA